ACGGGUCUAAAAAAUAUAUCCAAAAAAUGUUGUCGAGUAUCGCACUAUUUUUAACCCUGAUCGGGGGACUCCUUUAUGGGCUGCACUAUUUGGUUCGCGGAGGUAGGAGAGGUGAACUCAUCGAUAAAAUUCCCGGGCCAUAUGCUUGGCCAUUCGUCGGCAAUGUUUUCAAGUUCCUGGUACCCCUAGAGGAAUUUUGGAACGUGGGUCACAGGAUGAACUGGGAGUAUUACCCCAUUAAUCGGAUUUGGAGCAUCGAUGUUCCACACGUGAACCUUUAUCAUCCUGACGACGUCGAGGCCAUACUUACAAGCGUGACGCACAUAAAAAAAAGCGUUUUCUACCGUUUUAUUCAUCCAUGGCUCGGUACCGGUCUUCUAACCAGCGAAGGGAGGAAAUGGCACACGCGAAGAAGAAUCCUCACCUCAGGCUUUCAUUUCAAUAUACUGCAACAAUUCAUGGGGAUUUUUAACGAGCAGAGCGAGAAAUUGGUGCGAUCGCUUUGCCUCGAGGGAGACGAAGUCGUCGACGAUCUUGUCCACCUCCUCCACAAAUACACGCUCAAUUCGAUUUGCGAAACCGCGAUGGGCGCGACAUCGGACGUGAAUGGGCAAGUUCUGAACGAAUACAGGUCUUGCGUUUCGGAAAUGGGAGAUAUAACGCUUUACCGCAUGCUCAGGCCUUGGCUGCACUCAGAUUGGAUCUUCAAGAUUACGCGAAGAUUCAAAGACCAAGUUCGAGCGCUCAAAGUUCUCCACGGUUUUUCGACAAAUGUCAUCAACGAGCGUAAACGGUAUCACGACGAUUCCGGUGGCCGAUUUUUACAAGGAUUCGGUGGUGACGGAGGUCCGGAUACCUACAGUUUCAAACAUGGAAAUUUCAUAAGAAAACGACGAUUGACUAUGCUGGAUCUUCUGAUCUCAGUUUCCAGACGUGAGGGCAGCAUAAACGACGAAGGGAUCAGGGAAGAAGUUGACACUUUUAUAUUCGAGGGUCACGACACGACCGCUAUGGCGUUAUGUUUCACGUUGAUGUUACUAGCCGAAAACAAACAGAUUCAGGACGAGGCGAGAGUUGAGGUCGACAAGGCAUUCGAAGGAAAAGAGGACACGAAAUUGUCAACGCGCGAAGUCCAGGGCUUGGCCUACCUCGAAAGAUGCAUUAAAGAAUCUUUGCGAUUGUUUCCGAGUGUGCCGUUCGUAUCUCGUCACAUAUCGGAAGACCUGCAACUCAAGAACUAUUUGGUGCCCGGGGGAACGAUCGUUAACGUUCACAUUUACGACCUUCACAGAGAUCCCAAUUUUUGGCCAGACCCAUCAGUCUUUAAUCCGGACAGAUUUUUACCCGACCAAGCGCAAGGACGUCAUCCUUUUGCUUUCGUGCCUUUCAGCGCAGGACCGCGGAACUGCAUCGGUCAAAAGUUCGCUAUGCUGGAGCUGAAGGUGCUGAUGGCACAUUUCUUGCACAAUUUCUACUUCGAGCCACUCGACUUUUCCAGCGAUGUACAAAUCCUUCCCGACUUGGUCCUGCGACCGUCGAAGCCUAUCCGCAUGAAAUUCGUCCCGAGAUCACAGAGUAAUUAAGCCGAUCGUCGAAUGACUGUCUUGGAUUUUAGUCAGUGUCGUUUGCUGCGCGACGCUGCCGCAAAUUGUCAAUCUUUUUACUUCACGGCCUUUCCGACAGCACCGGACGAGAAUUGACU